AUGGCUACCCCUACUCGCAUUUUCCUCACAGGUGCUUCGGGCUACAUUGGAGGUGAUGUCCUUCACGCGCUACGAUCCGCCCAUCCCGAGUAUAGCAUUUAUACUCUGGUGAGGGACCCCAAGAAGGCCGCACUUCUGUCUCAAGCCUUUCCAAACGUCCAAGUCGUCUGCGGUGAUCUCGAUUCCACGUCCCUUAUUGAAGAGGAAGCUCGUCAGGCCGAUGUGGUCGUUCAUACCGCGAGUUCCAGCCACAUUGAAAGUGUCAAGGCUAUUGCUCGCGGUCUAGCUAAACGAAGUGAUCCUGGCUACUGGCUUCAGAUCUCGGGCGCAAGUGUCGUUUCGAUUGCCGACAUCGUCAGCGACACCUACGGAGAAGGGACCGACAAGAUCUUUGGCGAUGUCGACGAUGCCGGCGCGAUCCGCGACAUUAUUCGCCAGAAUGCGACUCGCCGUGUAGUUGAUAACUUUAUUCUUAACGUGACCGGCCCCAAGACAGCCCUUGUGUUCGCACCAAUCAUUUACGGACAAGGUCGAGGCAUCAUCAAGAAGCGAAGUAUUCAGAUCCCCGAGCUUGCCAGAGUCGCUAUCGAAGCGGGACGAGCGAUCCAGGUGGGGAAGGGCGAGAGCACUUGGAGCAACGUUCAUAUCUCCGACAUCAGCGAUCUUUUUGUAAAGUUGGUUGAGAAAGCUGUCCACAAGGACGCAGACAAGCACAUGUGGAAUCGGGAAGGGCUGUACUUCCCCGGCAACUCUAUGCUAAGCUUCAAGGGGAUUUCCGAGUUGCUUGCACAAACAGCCCAUCGUCUCGGUUUGAUAGAGUCACCCUUGGUCUCUGAGAUCGACCACGUGGAGGCGGACAAGUUAUCUCCUCACGGGGGAGUUCUAUGGGGCACCAAUGCCCGCCAGAACAGUCAACGGGCGAGGAAAUUGCUGGGAUGGUGUCCAAAUGGCAGAAGUCUGGAGAGUGAUAUUCCUGAUACAGUGGAGGAGGAGGCAAAGCGAUUGGGGAAACUAUAA